CGCCCCACAAGAAAGCCACGGCCGGCCGCCCUGCAGCUUCUGCCCCACGCAGCCCACGCCCAGCGCGGGCUAAAGGAGAUCGCAGGUCGCAGCUGCGGAAAAGGACGCCCCAGUGCGCCUCCAGGCCGCAAGCGCCGAAGCGAGUGCUGAGGAUGGCUGCAAGAGCCUGCCCUGGGAGCUGGGCCUGAAGCUGGCAUCUUUGGAGGGAAGCCGGGGGGUGAAACUGCCAAGGUGUGAAAGUAAAGAAAGGACUUAAAAAAUAACAAAGAUGCAUUUGAACCAGAAUUCCACAGCCUUCAGAUCACUCAUAGUAUCACUGUGUCAUGCGUGCCAUAGUUUAUCAGCAGAAAAUCUGUGAGUGGGACAAUUUUCUGAGGCAGACUAACCAAUGCACAGGAUAAUUCCUGGUCUCCCCCUACUAAAAAUGCCUGUAACCCACUCCUGCAAAAGUGAUGGUGACAUCCAGAUAACAAUGCCCCCACAGAUCUGCAUCUAGCCCAAUGGGACAAGACUCAACAGUUCUCAUCAUGAACCCACUUCCUUCCUCAGCCACCCUUGUGCUCAUCGGUCUAAUGUUUGGCAUUUUACAUGCUUUUCCUGAUUUCUCAGGUGCUUCUUGCACUUUAAAGAUGACAUUGCGAAAUUUCCGGUCAAUCUUAUCAUGGGAAUACAAAAACCAUUCCAUUGAACCAGCUCACUAUACAUUGUGGUAUACGAUCGGGAGUCGGUAUGAAGAGAUGAAGAUUGUCGAGAACUGUACAAACAUCACAAGGUCAUUUUGUGACCUAACAGAUGUAUGGGAAGUCUUUCACGAAACCUAUAUCCCCAAAGUAGUAGGAUUCAGAGGGAACACAACACUGACCAGUUGUACGGACUAUUUUCUCCUCCCCAUGGACAUGUCUUUUGAACCACCAGAGUUUGGGAUUGUUGGCUUCACAGACCAUAUUAACGUGUUAGUGAAAUUUCCACCUGCCUAUCCUAAUAUAAUAGACCAAUUGUUGUAUGGAUCAUCACUUGUCAUUGAAGAACAGUCAGAGGGGAUAAUUAAGAAGCAUAAAUCCAAAGUACAUGGAAACGUCAAUGGAAAUUUCACUUACGUCAUUGACAAUUUAAUUCCAUACACAAACUACUGUGUAUCCGUUUAUUUUGAGCCUAACUCUCAGGAAAGAGUAAGGAAGUCUCCCUUCAAAUGCAUCCUUCCCUAUCCUGGCCAGGAAUCAGAAUCAUCAGAAUCUGCCAAAAUAGGAGGAAUAAUUACUGUAUUUUUGAUAGCAGUGGUCUUCAUAAGCACCAUAAUAAUACUGAAAUGGAUUGGGUAUAUAUGCUUAAGAAAAAGAUUUCCCAAAGUCUUGAACUUCUAUAAAUUUCAAGCCUGGAUAUUUCCCAAGCUGCCACAACCAGAAGCAGUGGAUAUGGUGGAAGUCAUUUGCGUCACCAGAAAGAAGAAAGUGUGGGGUUACGAUUAUGAUGAGAGUGAUAGCGAUGAUGAGACAGUCCCCAGAGCAAUUCCCAGUGGCUAUACCACGCAUGGACUAACGGUCAGGCUUCUGAGCCAGGCGUCUGCUGCCUCAGUCACCACUGUGGAGUCUCAGUUCCUAGACCCGGAUGCUGAAGAGCCUGACCUGCCUGAAGCUGACCCCAGCCGCCCUGCAACACCAGAGCCUGGCCCCUGGCAGUCAGAAGGCACAAGUGGGCCCUAUCAGAGGAGAGAAAGUCCGCUUCAGGACCCCACUUCUGAGGAGGAAAGCAAAUCCACAGAGGGGUCUGGGGACAGAAUUAUCUUCAAUGUGGAUUUAAACUCUGUGUGUAUGAGAGUCCCUGAUGAUGACUCAGAAGAAGCCUCCCUGAAGUUAUCAUCUCUUCCAGAAGACAUAGUCCACCUGGAGGAGCCUGAUGAAACAGAGUCAAGCCUUCUGGUAGCCAGUGGGGAAGCAGUGCAGCCACCUGACUCUUUUUCCUCUUCAGAGUGCCUGUGGUCUGAGGAUGCUCCAUCUGAUAAAAGUGACUCUUCGGAGUCAGAUGUUGACCUCGGGGAUGGUUAUGUAAUGAGAUGACUCCCAAAAUACUGAAUGCACACGAAGUGACCAGUACCGACAGGGUUCUCUCUCCUGCACCCUAACCGGCUGCUUUGUGACCUACAGGGGAGGACAGGAGCAGCGUCUGUCCAUUGCUCCUGGUGACAUCUGUGCACACUUCCAGGAUGGGGACCGGAGUCUCACCAGUGCAUUGUUUACAUGCUCAGUGAUAGACUGAGGGGGCAUGCUCUGCCCUUUCUCUUUUCACUAACGCACUUGGGAUGUUUCUGCAGCAUGUUUCCCAGGAAGCAAGGUCCCCUGUGACUUCCAGGGGGAGUCCAUGGACCUGUGAUGUUUAUGAGAAGUAAAUUGGGCCAGGUGGGGGAGAGGGGAGAGAAAAGGGAAACACUCAGUAGACCCCUUGGAAUACAGUCAGCAGUGGUUAGCUAGGAGGCCAGAAGAGAAGGAGGGGACACAGUUAAGAGGGAAGGGCUGGGGAAGUUUCCAUGGAUGGUCCUCAGGCAGCUACCUCUCAGAUGUCAGAUUCUGUCUCCCCGGCUCAGAGAAUCCCACCCUCAGCCCUCCAUCCUGUUGGAGUGGGGAAGACAGAUGCACAUAUUCGUAACUCUAGUAUCAGCCAGGGGAAGCAUGACAUGGGGGAGAGGAAUAAAAUCUCAGUGCCAUAUUUUAAGACUUAAAAAAAGUAAUAAUGUGAAAGAACAAAACAAAAAUGCUUCGCAGUCUUCAGAAGAAAUAUCCUAGAGAUCCUUCUUGACAAUUUUAAAAGUGCAACAUGUGCUCAUGCCAAAUGUCCUACCUGUGAUUACAGGUCCUGGGAAUCUGGGGAUAUGGUGGAGGGGAACAGGCCUUAGGUUGUCAUGUAGCAGUGCAAGGACUGGGAUUCGAGAGGUCUGAGGCUGCCAUUUCACUGUGUGACCCUGAAAAUUUUGCUCAGCCUCUCUGAGCCUCGGUUUCUUCAUUUUUGAAAUAAGGGAGUUGUACUAGAUAAUCCUCAAAAUCCUAUGAAUCUAAAAGAAAUAUUAGAAAAUAGUAGGAACUGGGGUUGGCAGAUGGUAUGAUGAAAGAGCUGAACUCUCAGAUGGUCAACCACAGUUCAAGUCCCAGACCCGGAGGCUUGCUUUCUCACUUUCUCUCUGUCUCUUUCUAGUCAAAUUUUAAAAUAAUAGUAGUAAAUAAAAAUUUAAAUAAAGUUGUAGCUUUAUACAUAUAUAGAGAUGAAUAGACAGGCAGAUGGGCUGCAACCCUGAAAGGCUCCCAGGAUAAAUAAAAGAUAUUAGGGCCCUCCUAUCUUACUCCCUUUCCUGAAAAACAGAACUUAGACAAGUCCUGGUUCAAGGACUUUGUUGAAUAGAUAGUAUGAUAGCUCUAAAGUAGCUGGAGAGGGCUGUGAGGGGGAACUCCUUAUUUAGUAAUCUAAUGAAAUUCAGUGGAAAAAGACGUAUCACGUACAUAGUCCAUUUCUCUGCCCUCUGAAUGCACCUGUGACACUUUGAAAGCUUUCCAUACCAUGUGGGACAGCCUUUGUAUGGGUGCUUGUGUGUGUGUGUGUGUGUGUGUGUGUGCGCGCGCGCGCGCCUUUUAAUUUUGUAUAAUGGGUGGAGCUCGGGCAAGCAAUACAAAAACUGUUUAAUAUAAA